UAUAGGGAAUACAGUUUACGAUAGACAACUCCCCUUUGGUCGUGGCGAACGAAACCCUAAUCAUCACUCCUCCACUUUUGUUCAUCAUCCUCUCCAAAAUUUCUUCAAUUUGAUUCUGCAAUUGCCUUAUUCUCUCUCUGGAUUCAGUUUCAAUUUCUUCGUAGCCCGCCAUGGAUGCUCAGCGAGCUCUGUUGGACGAACUUAUGGGGGCAGCUCGUAAUCUGACAGACGAAGAGAGAAGAGGUUUCAAGGAGGUUAAAUGGGACGAUAGAGAAGUUUGUGCAUUCUAUAUGGUUCGAUUUUGUCCUCAUGACCUCUUUGUUAACACGAAAAGCGAUCUUGGAGCAUGCUCGAGAAUUCAUGAUCCAAAGUUGAAAGAGAGCUUUGAGAACUCUCCGAGGCAUGAUUCCUAUGUGCCUAAAUUUGAGGCUGAGCUUGCACAGUUUUGCGAGAAGUUGGUGAAUGAUCUUGAUAGGAAAGUUAGGCGUGGGCGAGAACGCCUUGCACAAGAAGUUGAACCGCCUCCACCACCUUCUCUAUCAGCAGAAAAAGCGGAACAAUUGUCUGUUUUGGAGGAGAAAGUUAAGAACCUUUUGGAACAAGUGGAAGCACUUGGUGAAGAAGGCAAAGUGGAUGAAGCUGAAGCGCUAAUGAGGAAGGUGGAAGGGCUUAAUACUGAGAAGACGGUGUUGUUACAACGACCAACUGACAAGGUACUCGCGAUGGCUCAGGAGAAGAAGAUGGCAUUGUGUGAGGUUUGUGGUUCAUUCCUUGUGGCUAAUGAUGCUGUAGAGAGAACGCAGUCUCAUGUCACUGGAAAGCAACAUGUUGGCUAUGGCUUGGUUCGGGAUUUUAUUGCUGAACAAAAAGCUGCUAAAGAUAAAGGAAAGGAAGAAGAAAGGCUAGUAAGAGGAAAAGAAGCAGAUGAUAAGAGGAAACCGAGGGAGAAGGAAAGUGAGAGUAAGAGGAGUGGUUCUAGUGAUAGAGAAAGUUAUCGUGAUCGGGACCGAGACAGAGAUGGUGACAGACACAGAGACCGUGGUAGAGAUCAUAGAAAGCCUCAUGACAGGAGAUCAAGGAGUGGGAGAGAGGGCCGUGAUCGAAGCAGAUCACGAUCUCCUCAUGGAAGGUCUGGUCACCGAAGGGUGUCGAGAAGCCCCAUUCGCCAGUACUAGUUUGAGACCCUCGUGGAAGGUCUGGUCACAAGAGGGUGUUGAGAAGCCCCAUUUGCCAGUACUAGUUUGAGAUAAGGUGUUGUCACUGUAUCUUGGGGCCAGGAACUUUGCAAAUUAAUGAGGUAGACAAUGUGACACCCCCCCUUAUAAUUUCAUGAGCAUGUGUUGUCUUUUUGGAACUUCCUUGUUAAAAAUUUAUGGACGAAAAUUGUCUUUCUACCGGAUCACAGCUAUUCUAAGAGUUUGAGACCUUACUGAUUAUCCUUCAUCGGUUAUUUGUUAAGAGGUCAAAAGCAUUGAGGUAGGUAUUACCGUAAAACUUUUACAUUUUCAUUGUAUUUCUCGGUACUUGGGAUGCUAUAGCUUCAUUUUAUUUUUAUAUUGUCUUUUGGUACCCCAUUUCAAGUUUGAUAUACCUUUCUGAUCUAAAGACUACACAGAAUCGGGAUUGUUGGGAUCGAAUGACACGAAUACUAUUUGAGGUAACAAAUAUAUAACAGAAGUCAUCCUUACUAGAAGUUGGGUUUUGAAUUUUGUUUAUUUUCUUUGAGUUCUCUGUCUGCACUUAGGUGUGUAUACACAGGAGGAAUAAUAAUCUUUGGCUUUGGGGUUAGGUAUAACUGUUGUAUUUCUUGGCAUCUUUGUUUGCAAAAAAGCUUUCAGUGUAGUACAAGGAAUCUCUGCAAAUCCAGGAAACACACUGGAUGGGUCUGCAUGAUAUUUGAUUCAUACCGGGUAAACUCACUCCGUUGUUUAUGAACUUUUGAUAACCUUUUCCAAAUUCCAAAGCUGGAGCAUUAUAGUAAAACAGUAGGUCUCUGGUGGGAGCAAGAACUGUUUUGGUGGUCUUUGUGAGCAGAACCAUCUUGAGUCUGUGUUGGCCUACCACAAAGCUGGAGGGCGUUUUUGUAAACCUUGCUUAAACCCUGAUCUAAACAUAUAUUACUGUGUUUUUUUUUUCU